AUGUCUGAUAUAUUUCCUUUAUUAUCGCUGGAUGAAGUUCGAUUCAUUGUAACGGAUUGUGCCGGAACAACAGACUUUGAAGUACUCGAGGUACAUGAAUCUUCAGUAAGCAGUGUCAAUGGUGGUUUCAUGAGUGAUUACUGGCGUAUGAAGAUACGUGUACGUCUUGAAGAUGGCACAGAAAAAUCUUACAAGUUCUUCGCAAAAACCGUGCCACGCAAUGCAGGAGAACAUAGACAGUUCGUGUUAGAAGUGCAAUGUUAUGUGAAGGAGGUAGGAUUCUACCGCAAGAUUCUUCCUCUUCUUCUGAAACAUCUCGAAAAGUUAGACAGUGCACGUGACACAAGAGACGGUCGAUGGGCUCCACGAUGUUUCUUUACAAGAGACGAUAUCGUCGUUAUGGAAGAUCUCAGUGAAUUCGGUUUCGAAUCAAUUAGUAGUCGUGAACUCUUGGAUUGGAACAAGUGCGCCGCAGUUCUCAAGAAGAUGGCGAUCUUCCACGCAGCGUCCAUUAUCUUCGAGGAGAAAGAGCAAAUGUUAACAGGGAAGAAGUGCAGCAUCGGGGACUUGCAUCCGCAGUUCUUCGCACCAGUGCUCGAUAAAUCAAUGCCUGACGACGAAAACAAAGGAUGGUUUAAAGCUGGCGUGCGUGCGUCGGUAGCCCUUGUGCCUUACCUUCCCAAGUACAAGCACAACCGAAACCUUCAGCAAAUGAUACAGGAGAAAAUGCCAGGUGCUUUUGAAUCCAUCGCAAAGUACAGAACCUCUGACAAAUUCAGAAAUGUGGUUUGUCAUGGAGAUUUGUGGUCUAGUAACAUUCUUUUUUGUCAAAAUAAAGAUACCAAUCCAGAAACUGUUUAUUUUGUGGACUAUCAAAAUAUUCUGUACGUGCCUCCUGCAAUGGAUAUCUUAAUCUUCAUCAACACGACUAAUAGUAAAUCGUUUAGAGAACGAUAUCACCAAGAGAUUGUGAAUGUCUACUACGAAACGUUUUCUUCAGAGUUGCUGAACCAUGGACUAUCGCCAGACGAUAUUCUCAGUCUUGAAGAGCUGCACAAUUCUUUAAAAUACUUUGGUCCACCUGCGAGAGUGAUUGCUGCGUUGUAUUACCAAUUGAUUGUGAUGGACAGUGAAACAAAGAAAGCUCUGUUUUCUUCGCCAGACUACUAUAGUGUAUUUUUCCUCAUUGAUCGAUCAUCUGAUGUACGUAAGUGUUUUGAAGAAGAUGAAAUUUACAGAAACAGAUUGGAAGAAGCCUUAAAUGAAUUAAUAGAAAAUGAUAUAUUAAAUUAA